CUCAAUCGCCAUUCCCUCAAGACUCUAUCAAAAAUGCCCGGCAAAGUUAAGGCUUACGAACUCCAGUCCAAGUCAAAGAAUGACUUGUCGAAGCAACUGAAGGAGCUCAAAGACGAGCUGCUGUCGCUUCGAGUGCAGAAGAUUGCGGGUGGUUCAGCGUCGAAGUUGACGAAAAUUCACUCCGUCCGUAAGUCGAUCGCCAGGGUAUUGACCGUUACAAAUGCGAAGCAACGGCAACAUCUCCGCGAAUUUUACAAGGGCAAAAAGUACAUUCCUUUGGACCUUCGUAAAAAGCAGACUCGUGCCAUCCGCAGGCGAUUGACUCCUAACGAGAGGAAGAAGAAAACCCUCCGUCAGCGCAAGAAGGAAAUUCACUUCCCCAUUCGCAAAUACGCUGUAAAGGCAUAGAUGAUGGAUGUGUAGGGUCGUUCAUUAUUACUUCUCAUUUUUGUAUGUCAUUAAGCGUCGCAAAAUUAUGAUCCAACCGCUUUCCAUGCAUAUGGUCAUGCAAUCCCUACUACUCAGUUCAUUUGAACAAGUUGAUUGUAUUCCCUUAAGCAGAUCAAUUCACCGCAUUGAUCAUGCUUUUGCUGACUACUUGCUUGUCUCUGCAUCGGUCUUCUGGUCUCCAGUCUCUCCAGCCUCGCUAAUUGGUGGUAACUUGGUGGCUUCUAGACUUGCUAGUGGUGAGUUGCACUUCUUACCAUGUUUGUUUUAAUGAUGUGUACUAGUAAUUUGCGUUCGACCUGUCUUCCUCACACCAAAGGGGUACACUCGCCUUCGUAU